GUAUCGCGAAAGAGAUUCGAAGGUUGAGCUGUCCGAUCGCUCUCGCGAUACUUUGAUGUCAUUUUCCGAUCGAUUUGCGCAUCGCCAAACUGCGUGAAGAGCGAGAGAGAUGGAGGUGUGGCAGUGAGAACAGGACGGCGUGAAGAGUUCGUCCACAGACACGCGCAGGACGCACGCGGGGGGGGGAGGGGAAGAGUUUCUGUCCAGUGGAAUAACGGAAGAAAACAGUCGAAUCAAGAGAUAAAAGUGAAGUUAAAGUGCGUUCACUCAGGUCGUGAGUUUCUUAUUCAGACACACACAUCAUGGCCAACAUUCAUCCAUACGGCUGCUUCACUCAUGCCGUGGUCAGAGCUAUCCCAGAAUCCUUUGGGAAGUCUGAGGGUGGAGACGGAGUUGAGACGGAUCUUGCGAAGGCUCAGCGUCAGAUGGGAGUUCUUACAGGAACGCUGAGACAGAAGGUGGGACUCCAGCUCAUCGAGAUCCCUGCAGAUUCAGAGCUGCCCGAGAGCUGGAGGAUGGAGGACAUGGCUGUGAUUCAGGGCGACACGGCGCUCAUCACUCGACCCUUUAAACAGCAGAGACGCAGCGAGGCCGAGGCGGUGCGGCGGGUCAUGAAUGAGUUGGGUCUGACGGUGGUGGAGAUGGGUGAUGAGGAGGGAGGGUCCGGCGGGGCGACUCUAGAGGGAAGUGACGUGCUCUUCACAGGGAAAGAAUUCUUUGUGGGCAUUUCUAAACACACAAAUCACCGGGGAGCUGAAGUUCUGGCCGACACCUUCAGGGAUUUUGCCGUGUCCACUGUGCCGGUGUUUGGGGGUUCUCGUCUGAAGAACAUCUGCUCUAUGGGGGGUCCUGAUACCAUCAUCAUCAGUGACAGUGAUGGAGCCAAAAAAACCCUACGAAUGAUGGAGCAGCUCACUGAUCAUCACUAUGACGUCUUGUCAGUCUCUGAAGAUGCAGCUGCUAACUGCGUGUACAUCAGAAGUCCAGCUAAAGUGAAUUAUCUCCUUCAUCCCACAGCAGACGAGUGUCCCAACAGCAUCCCUGUUUUCCAGCGGUUGACUGACUACACUCUUCUGCCCACGGCCUGCAGUGAAGCGGUUAAACUCGGGGCUGCGCUGUCAUCUCUCUGUCUGCUCAUCAACAAGAAGCAGAACUAUUAAACAAUCACUACAUCGUCUUUUACCUUGUUUACAGAUAACACUUUAAACAUGUUCCAAAUAUUUCAGUCUGAGUUUAAUGUAACCAGUUCAGUUUCAAUACGAGCGUGACAUUAUUAAAGUUUGAUAAUAAACACA